GCCGAUGAUGCAAAGCUCGCGGUCUGCCGAUGGACAGCUUACUCUGGGCGUGAAGGGCCGGCUCAGCAACCAGGAGAUGGAACAGCUCCGCAGUCAGCUCGCUCAAGCAGCAGCCUACGCCCAUGUGCCAGAUCACAAACGUGCUGCGAAGUCUCGGCAGGCCUCAAAGCCAAUGACGAAAGUCUAUCGGCGAAUAGACUCCGCCAGAGAUGGCAGUAGCCACCAAGCACGACCAUUCCGGAAGACGCUGGCGAACAUCCAGUAUGAGCAGCAAUUUUCGGCAAACGCCUACGACGCGCUGAAGCCGCGCCCCACUCGUGGCAUCAGUUCAGAGGCCAAGGCAAUUCUGCAGGAUGAGUACGUAACUAAACCUCGGGAGGUGAGCAGUAUCCCACAAAAUCUAUCGACCGUGAAGCCAAGCGAGGAUCCUGAAACCGACAACCAGAUCACAAGCGGAAAACGUCGCGGACCUGCAUCCAUUCCUCAGCUUUUUAUCAUGUAGUAGAAAAGUAGCUAUGCUGUCAUUUGAGCUACUUUUUAGUUAAGUACACAGCCAGUUUGAUUUCGUUUCGAUCAAGAUCGUUUAAACUUGAAGGCAUUACUCGAGCACAGCAUUUUACGAAGGCACGUAGCGCCAGCGCGCGCGAGCGUCCAAGUCGUCCUUUUGGGCAUGUUGACGCAGCAGCUCCUUCUUCUCGCGUUG